AUGUCUUCAGUGUUGAUAAGGGGUGCAGAUGACGCAGCUCAUGCGGCUGAACUCCUUAACAACAGUAAGUACCGUGCGUAUGUAGCGGCUGUCGAUAAAGCGCUACGAGCAUUUGAAACUACCAACGAAUGGGCCGAUCUCAUAUCGGCACUUGGAAAACUUAGCAGGGUGUUUCAUUCGAAUGCUAAAUUCGGCGACAUCCCUAAGCCAGUCACAGUAGCGAAACGUCUUUCGCAGUGCUUACAUCCAGCGCUUCCUCAUGGUGUGCACCUGAAAGCAUUAGAAACAUAUCGUCAAUUGUUCGAUAUCUUAGGUCCUAAAGAUCUCCCAAAAUUGUUAUAUUUAUUUGCUGUCGGUUUAUUUCCAUUGAUGGAUCAUUGUGGUAUUAAGGUCAAAAAAGAACUACUCGAUAUCUUCGAGCAAUAUCUGCUGCCGUUAGGCGCCAACUUGAAGCCAGCUCUACCAGGCUUCAUAACUGGUGUUCUUCUUGGUCUUGAAGAAGGCACUGAAUUCUAUGACAGAUCAUUCACUCUUCUUGACCAAGUCCAAGAAGGGGUCGGUGCCGAAUCGUUUUUUGCUUGCCUUUGGGAAGCAGUUCUUGGCUCACCAUCUGUUCGAUUGCCUGCACUCAUAUACGUUAAUGCCAAAUUCGAUCGACACAAAACGAUGGAUGCUCAGACGUUUAUCAUGGGCAAUCGUGUUGAUCAUAUGAUUGCUGCACUAUGUGCGGUAGCUGACGAUGAAGGUUCCACGUUGGUGCAGCGAAAUUUGCUUGACUUUCUUUGCACUGCAUUCCCGCUCAAUUCCAAUUAUUUAGUGCAGGAGAACUUUGUGCAGUUGCUGCGGCGCUGUUUGUUUGUGGUGUUGCGUCGUGAUAUGAGUUUGAAUAGACGUUUGUAUCAAUGGCUAUUGAAUCGCUCCGGUGAUGCGAAUGUCAGUGGGAUUCCGAUUGGCAGUUCAGAUGAACAACUGGACACUUCAUUUUUCCAGACCUAUGCUCUUCCACUGAUAAAGAGUGCAAUCGAGCAGUAUCUAAUGUUGGAUACAAUUGAAGUGGCUAGUGCUAGCGCUGCGUGGGACGGUACUAAGGAACAUCAGUUACAGUUCACUGAAGUACGUGUUUGUCGUCUUUUAUUGUACUUAAUGGACCGACCCGAGCUGGGCAGUUUGAUUCUUGAAGAAGCAUUACCAAUGCUUUUGCAGUGUACAUCUCGAUACGAAAAUCGUCGUAAUGCAGAGGAAAUGCACUGUGCAGAUAUACCGUCUUCUGCAGCAGCUUCGUGUGAAAUGUCCCGUAGAGGCAGUGUUCUCAGUCGGACAUCAACUUCGUUCAUUUCAUCAGCACACAGCUCAUCCGCACAUAACACUAGAACUCCUUCUGAUCUGGGUAAACGCCUUAGCGAGAUUGAUAAAACAUUGAAUUUAUUAUUGAAUUCGCGUGAUGUCGGUUUCAUCUGGAAUUUUCUGCAACGACGAUUUAAAAUAUUGAUGGAACCUGAGAAGUCAACGGUGGAGGUGAAUGGCUGUAUAGAUUCGAAAGCACUUGCGCUUGAAACGCAACAGUUCAAGAAAGAAGACCAACGCAGGAAAUCUGAAGAAUUGGAUCAAUUCGCAGCAAUGGCUUCAUUUUGCAUUCAUACGGUUAAUCUGGAUGGGCACAGUGAUAUUCGCGGCAAAUAUCUUCCAAUGUUGUUGCAUACGGUUUUGUCGACGAUUGCUGAGCGACGAGUGACGAGUGUGGAGAGUGCACUGCUGUUGAAUGUGAUUCAGUUGUCGCGGUGUAUACUCGUCAAAAUCAACCAGAGUGCCACUGCUCUCGAAGCGGGUGUGGCAACUGCACAGCAGCAGGAAGCCAAUGCAAACAUGAGUACUGAAGAAACUACUGAUUCUUCAGUAGUAUUGCAACAUCGAGCAUCACCUCUCGAGUUUGGAUUAGCAGAACAGCAACGAAUUGAAGAAUGUGUUGAGGAUUGUGAACGGAUUCUGGCACAGGUAUGUGAAUGGUAUUGUGCGAAACGAUGUGCGGAACGGUUGAAAAUAUUCCGUGCCAUUUCGGCACUGCAACGAGAAUUCGCCGAUUUCCCACUCUAUACCGCUUUUGUUAUUGCAAGCACCUUUGUUUCAGCAUUCGUUAUGACGAAUCGAAUGCGCUCUGCGGAUGGCGGCGGCGGCUAUUCCGAGUGGUUGCGUGGGCUAUUGAACGUUGUUUUGUUUGACGCUUGGAAUCGAGCCGAUAGUAGUUGUGCAACAUUUCAACAGAACUAUUCACCGAAAAGAAGUCGGUGCUAUGAAGCAACACCGAAAAUGUGUUGUAGCUCAGAUGAUUUUUGGGCUCGUGCAGAUGCAAUCGACCUGAUAACGUAUGUUUAUGUGCGUAGUGUUUCGGUGGCUGAACAACACGUCGCGUUACAAGGUCGUAAGAAGCGCUCUUCAUUUGAACCGGCUGCCACGGUUUCUGCUUCCAGCAGUACACCGUCAAAAACAACUACUACAGUUCUAUUGAAGCCAUUACUUUGUGAAGCCGAACUGAAGCGUAUGGAAAACGAUGGAGUUUUUGUGAAAGCUGCCCAUGUUGUGUGGUCAUGUUUGGGUGAUUCGACAAAGGCAUGCUGUCACGAAAUGGCUGCUCGUCUACUAACAUUAUUACAUUCUCGAAAAGUCAGUGAAGCAAGCAGCGAUGUAGAAGAUCUAAUUGUGGCUCAUUUGACAAGUGCUGAUAAGUUGUUGAGUGGGGCGGCUGCACGUAAAUUUCGUACUUUAUGGAUGUUGAAUAGACGAACUAUAGAUAAGGAUAUAUAUCCAGGAGUACCGUCGAAACCCUUCAAUAGAGUUGUGAUGAAAUUGCUUGGUAUACUGGUGGAUGAUACGAGUGGCUGUGAGAAGGCUGAACUGAAAAGCACUGUCACAUCGUGGUUUGUUGAUUGUGCUCGACAUAACGACUUACCGAGAAUAUUGCAGAUCCCGUCGAUGCCAUCAGGAAUGAGUGCAGUGACCCUAUUGGCGCAAGGGGGACGUAAUUCACUUCAUCACGUUUGCGAGGAUCUUUCAUUGGGUACCGCAUCGUUGAAUCGAAAACGAUCUUCCGAAGCAGUUGAAGCACUUGAAAAUAUCAGAAUCAGUCAAGAUUUGCCAAGCUGGUAUGUGGAAUUGAGGAAUCGUUUGUUACAAUACGGAGAAACGGAUAAUUCUGCUGAAGUUAACGUUGAAGUGAGUCCAUCGAGAGCACACAAGCGAACCGCAUCUGGCCUACCGAUUUUCGACGAUGACAACGAAUCAGUGGGAACGUUAUCAUUGGAUUCGGUCGAUCCAUCUAUUUAUGAGGUGGUGCAAUAUAUGGUGGAUCGAGUUUGUGAAGAGGAGAACGACAAGUGGGCAGACAGAAGCAUGAAUACUGAAGGGAAUAUGCAGCAUCAUAACGCGUUUACGUCGAGUCGAACUACAAAUGUGAUAAGUGAUGAUCACUCGUGCACAGCGCCAAAAUUAUCCACCGAGAGCACUCACUUCGAAUGGUCAUCUUCAUCAUUAUCAACCAAAGAGGAUCGUCGAGUGCUACAACGACCGUCUGAGUGCAGUUUGUUGGAAGGUGGUGAAACAAUGAAACGCUUCAAGAGUGGUCAUCGUCGGCAAGGCUCUUUACAAGAAAGUAUACUGACGAUGAGUGCACAAGAGUUGAAGUUGUUUGAUGCGUCCGAACUGCCGCGUUUGCCGAGCACCGAAACGGCAAACGACGACGAAGAGGAUGAGCGUGCACUGUGUGAUGAAAUACACGCACACAUGUUGCUGUACAUGGAGAGUGGACGUGUGGUGGAUUUGGGACGUGCCGAGAAGUUGCUUCGCAUGUUAAUUGCGUUGAUGCGAUCGCAACGAAGUUGCUCGGCUGCCAGGAUGAUCGUCAGUUGUAUGGUCUCAUCGGAUAUAGCCCCGGUGCCGAAUUCCACGUCGAGUAGCAGCAGUUUCGAUCAACUAAUCGAUUUAUCUUCAAGACAUGUACGUGCAAUUUUGGGACAAGAAUUUUGGCUAUCGAAUGAAGCUGAAGGGAAUGGCUCGUCGGCAGGUGAUACCAAUAAAAGCAAACCUCAAACAUUCCUUGAACUUUAUAUGAACGUGUCACUUUAUUUUCUGCGAUCGUAUUUCCUCAAUUCACCAACCACACCUGUUACUGACUCCGAUUUGCGUACUGCAUGGAAAUGUAAGAUGGCUACUUUAGAAUUCUUAUCUGAAUUGGUGCGUGAAUUAAUUUCAAUGAUACGAGAGAAUCAGUCACGUGCAUUGGUUGCCUAUGUUCAUGGUAUACUGCAACGAUCCAAACUACAACGAUGUCUUUUACAUUCACUAUUAGCGUCCGUUUAUAAUCUCAGAGCUAGCUCACGUGAAAAAUUGUCACUUUCUGUGGAUAUACUCGAAUUUAAUGAUGGACCGUUAGCAUAUGCUGAACAAUUUGAUGAUCUUAUUUACGGAUACCAAAAUUCAUUACUCGAUCUCACCGCGCUUUUUAUACAGUUAGAACUGGACAUCAAGAAUGGAUUUCAAAACUUCACUGAUCAGAAUGUAAGCGGCAAUUAUGCGGAGAAGCCAUCUAUAAACAAUCUGAUCUAUAAUUCACCACAACAUCGUUCCACACUCCGAGAACAGCACGGAAGCUUGGUGGAAUUAUGCAAAUUCAUUUUGACAGUGCGUAACGCACUCAAAAAGAAUCUGUCACGACAUGAACUUUGGCAUUUCUUCAUUGUGCAAAUACUUCCGUUCCUUGACAGGUCGUUACCGAAAUUCUGUACACUCGUCGCUGAACAACUGUGUAAAAAUCUUGAAUCGGUCACGAACACAACGGCAACAGUCUCAACAACAACAACGUCAUCGAUGAUGAGUGUUUUACCUGGUAUAUCAAAUCUAGUCAAAGGCUUAGGCUUAUUCAGUGAAGCGACACAAGUGUCAUCAAGCGCCGCAUUGAACAAAUUUUCCGAGCGUUCUGGAAGAGGUAAUUGGAAAGAAGCGAAAAACGAGAUGCUGAACACGUUUCCAUACGUUCUUGCGACUAUUUGUGAUGUGUGGACUUUAGUGCGCAAAGGAAAAGAACCAUCGUUACCGAUUGGAAACGAUGAGCAAAUUCGACAUCUCAUUUCGGAAUUACUUUCCCCAAUAGCGCAACAUCAUCAGCAGUCAUUUCUUUCUGCUUUGGCACUCGUAUGGCUUACACGGAAUUCAGUUGCAUCUCGUGUUGAAUCUGACCAGUUGUCGUUCGAUUACUCAGAAGCACAAUUGGAUAUUUCCAAGUUACUGUUGUCCAUCGAAGUGCUUCCGUUUGACAAUCUAAUAUCAACAAUUUCUGAGACGCUUAAGGAAUGCUCAAGUAAGAGUGGGAAACCGACGACGCCAAGUGGUGAUAAGCAAGGAACGUUCCCAACUGAAGUGUCCUUGUUGGAGAUGUUACAUGGCUGUGUUCAAGCCACUCCACCAGCUUCAUUGCGUAACUGUUGGCCACCUCUGCAAACACUUAUCAACGAUGCACCUCUUGGCAACUUACCCCCAAAAGCGAUCUUCAUCUUAUUCAUUAUUUUGGCUGAUUUUGUACGUCGCUUGGGAGCGUGUGCAAUAAUCGAGGACAAGCAGAUGUCACGUGCAGUACAGGAUGCAUGUCAACGACUAACUGAUGCAUUGAAUGUUAUUGUUGGUUGGCAGCUUGAACAAACCACAUGGUUGAAGAGAACGCUCGUGGUGAAACACGAUUCAGGUCCAAAAUCACAAGAUACAUCUCCGGUGGAGUUCGCAACUGCACCGUCCUCUCUGGCUGCAUCUGAGGCAAAUUCCUUACGAGGUUCUACCACUUCCUUAGUACAAUCCAGGUUAAGUGCUUUCGAGUCGGUGCAAAUGACUCCUUCUACAGCGAGUAUUUCAUCAACUACAUUGACGAUAUCGACAGUAGAUAAGAAGAGCAGUUCGAAUUUGCGUGCUAGCAUCAAAGAUACGAACAGUGUUAAACGUGAUCCAGCGAAUAGUACUCAAGCACUUUUCCUGCUAGCUGAAAACUUAGCUGAACUGAUUGAUUCAAUUUGUAAAAGUGAAGAUAAAGAGAGGCUUUUACCGACGCUACAUGCUGUUUGGAACAAUACCCUUCCAUAUCUGAAGGCUAAGAAUGCGCGGAAUGCACGUUUUUUCCUAGCAAGCUCGCAGUUUCUUGCCUCGAUGAGCACAUUCAACUAUAUGCGACCAGUUUGGCGCAAGGCUACACUCGAUCUUCUUCUCGACCCAGCGCGUAUAUCAACAACCCAAAACUCGGCUCUGUCAAGCUUGAUAAUAAGUAAAGAGGUCGAAUACGAGAUGCGUGCACAAGCUCUGAAACGACUCGCUUUCAUUGUGCUCAGUUCCGAGCUGGAUCAGUAUCACGCUCAGUUGCCAGAUAUUCAAGAACGACUUUCGGACAAUCUGCGUCUUUCACAAGUACCGAACUUGCAUGCACAAGUGUUUUUAUGCUAUCGUGUUCUACUGUUACGACUCAAACCGAAUCAUCUUGUUAGUAUGUGGCCAUCAAUGGUCACCGAAUUGGUUCAUGUGUUGCUACAAAUAGAACAACAAUUAACUGGUACAACGAGCGUAUCGGAUGAUUUGAAGUGUGAUCGUAACGAUCAUUGGAUGCAACUCUAUCUGGCCGCAUGCAAACUGCUUGAAACACUCUGCACGCUACCAUCUGGCUACCUGGCGCAAUUUCAAAUGUGUCAUUGGGCGUUUGUGAAUUCAGUCGCGGCGAGCAAUACAGAUUCAUUUGUGCCAUUCGCUGAGCGCAUUUAUCAAUUGCUUCGCUCUAAAUAUGGUCAGUUAACUCCGACUGAACGCAGUUUAAUGUCGGCAUCACUCGUGAGUGUCAAGACGCUAACAAGUUUCAGUGAAUUGCGACCGUUUUUUCGUACUCUUGCCACACAAAAUAAAUCACUUUCGAUUAGUGGUCUACCGAAUGAUAAGGAUGAGUUACUACGGGAUGCGUGCUAUAUGAAUGGUUCUUUAUCGUAUAAGAAUGCGAUUAAACGACUCGAACAUGCUCUUUAUGUAGAUUUUGCCGAACAUUGGCAGCUGUAG